CGAAUAUGUGAGAGUGGCAGGCUCUUGUUUCGGCUCAAUCGUGGAUGGACUUGCUUCUGUCUCUGUAAUAACUGCGGCGGGGGCAACAUCACUGGGCAAAACCCCCACCCCGUCAUACGGCGCAUGGUUGCGCGUUAAGUGAGAGGCGCGGUGUGAUUUCGGGCGCAAGUUCGGGAGACGUUUGCGGCAUGGCUCUGGGGCUCUGGCUGCAGUUGUUGGCGCUCUUGGCGUUGCUGAAGGAGGUGGAAUUGCCCGCACUGAAAAUACGCUGUACUACUGGUGAAUAUCCUUAUUCUGGACAAUGCUGCAAAAACUGUCCUGCAGGUACCUAUGUGGCUGAGCACUGCAUCUUUCCAUCCACCUUGGGUACUUGCAGGCGUUGCACAGAAGGUGAAGACUACACUGAACAUGAAAAUGGUCUUGAACAAUGCCUGCCUUGCAAACCAUGCAACUUUGGAUUCGUAGAGGUGAGGCACUGCACUGUGAAGAACAACACGGAGUGUCAGUGUAAAAGUGGUUAUUACUGUCCUCCAGGCUGUGAGGAAUGUAUCAGAUGCACCAAAAAGUGUCCUGAAGGGCAGGUGGUUGUACGCAGCUGCAGUGCCACUACAGACACGGAAUGUGGGUCACCUCCUACCGAAACUACAAAUGCUACACUGUGGGCUAUUCUUGUGUCCGUAGUCAUUUUACUUUUGGUCCUGGGAAUUGUACUGACAUUAUGCAUUUGCUGUAGAAAGGAUAAAGCCAGCGAUUGUCUGAUAAACGUUCCAAACCCUGAGUCUACUUCAUCCAGUGUUGAGACUUCUGCACUGAUAAAUAAGUUUUUUGAAAAUUCUGAGAGAAGCAGCCUGGAGUCAGUUGGCACAAAUAAGGAACAUGUGCCUGGGAAUGAGCCAUCUGCUCCGCCACUGCAGCCUCCAGACAACUCUGCUGGCAGAAUUGGGCAGACAAAUGUACCAAAACCUGAUGAACCUGAUCGAGUGAUAGUAAAAGAUCCAUCUUCUGAAAAACUAAAAGAACUCUACUAUGACUCAAGAAACAAGGUGCCACCACAGUGUUGGAAGAUGCUUAUGAGAAAGAGUGGGUUAUUAGACAAUGACAUUGAGAAAAUCAUUUGUGAUAAUGCCCAUCAUACAGAUGAACAGCAUUAUCAGAUGUUAAAAGCUUUGCAAGAUAGAUAUGGAACUGGUGAUGCUUUAUGUAAGUUCUUAGUUGGCCUACGGCACAUGAAGCUUAACCAUAUUUAUGAGAACUUAAUAAAUGAAUUAAAAAGCAAUGAUAUAAUAACAGUGGAGACCAAAGACUAAGGUCUUAGUGGAGUAGUUUUUGGAUAUUUUUAAAAAAGUUACGGCAGACUAUUGGUCUGUCUUUUAUUCAUUAACUUAUUUUAGUGAAUAUUAGUUUUUGCUGCAAGUGGAAGAGUUGAAACCCCAGCUGCUAAAACAAAUAUGGAUAAAACUUCCAUUUCUUUUUAGAAUGGAGCUGUGCAUAUUUGUAUAUUAUAUCAUUCUAAAAUGGGGAAGAAAUGUGCCUGAGUGCAUUGCUUUAUUUGGAACACUUUGUGUUCUUGAUUACAUUUCAGAAAUUUCAAUUUCUUCCAUCUUGUUGGAGACAGAAGAAAAAUAAAUGCAAAUAGUGCAGGAUAAUGAAACUUUAAAUAUUAUCCUGCUACCAAAUAAAGAUGUGUUAAAUGUUCUGCAGGAAGAAUUGAAGUGGAAAGUGUGUUCUACCUUGACACUCUUUAAGUUCUCAGAAAGAUGCAGUUGAUCAAAAUACUAUUGUGACCAAAGUUCAGUGUAAUAGCAUAUUUUUUUACUUGAAUUACACAAAGUUCUGAUUAACUUUCAGCAGGCUGAAAUUUGACAUAAUAGUUUUUACUUGGAACCAAAAUCCCAUGUAUAUCUUUCUGUGCAGGUAGAAUCACAUGUGUGUGUGUAUAUAUAUAUAUAUAUAUAGGUGUUCCUGGAGAAGCCAUUGAAGUCCAAGCAAUUUUGUACCGGUUGUUUAUAGUCAUAAAAAAGUGAUAGGGGCAUUUGCUAAAGGCCCUUUGAAUGAAAUCCUGGAAUCAUGAAUUAUGAUUUUUUUUUACCGGUUCAACCAAUUCUUAUGUUUUGUAAGUAAAUAAAAUACUUCAUUCUUAACA